GUAGGAAAACUUUAUUUUGAAAAGGAAAUAUUUUGGAUGUUUAGGGAAGAUGCCUCAUCGUCCUUCUUACCCUACUGUGGACCGUAAUGAGGUCCAACUGAUUGAUGGUGCUUUUAGGACGAGGUUCGAUGAGUGGGGACACUCAUGGGUGCUACACGAGUCUAUGUGUCUAGCUCAAGACACACUGACGGACUAUGGCUAUGCAGAGGAGAUGGAGGAGCUACUUGAGGGGACCAGAUGGCAGCGCCUGCUUCAGAUGAGGGCAGAGUCUAGCCUACCACUGACCAUCGAGUUCUUAUGCUCGAUAUCUGCUAUUCCGGAGAUUGAGUCACGAUAGAUGACUCAUAGUUUGAUCACUGCUGAUACCACAUUUGCCUUCACUCUUGCGGGCCAGUCGUUUCAGUUGACA